AUGCACAGCCGUAUGCCAUUCCAUCGGAUCAGUCAAUGGACCGGGGGAUUCUUUGAGGAUACUUCCUUGACCAAGAUUGGCCUGGAGAUACACCUCGGUCAUGCCGGCCAGCCCUGCCCUGGUCUCACGGACGAGUGGUGCGACACAGAUGAUGAAGGAGACCAUUUGACCGACGGCCCUUGGAUACCCUUGGUCAACGAUCCUCAGACAACCACUGGUGGUGGACACGUCGGGGCUCCACUCCCUGAUCAGAUUCUGUCGAUGGCAUUCACAUUUGUGGUGUUGGAUGACUUCCUGUUGGACAACCUGGAAUGCGGGACUUCCGCCAUGAACUACUACAGUAAAUUGAGGAGAGUUACUUCCAGCGUGUUUCCUCAUCUGGUUCCAGACCGAUACAGGGAAUUGAUGAGGGUGGGUAGGCAGUGGAAGCAAGUGAAACAGCUCAAGUGGCAUGGGUUCGGCCAUGAGAAGAGAAAGCCAAAGGCAGGGGAGCUCGCACUCUUCUGUCCUGCAUGUCCACAGCCCGGGGUGAAUGUCAAUUUGUCAGACAGGAACGGGUCCGACCCUGCAUGGUUGUAUUCAAGAUCUUUGGUCAUGGAUGGCAAUUUCAAGGCCGAACAUUUGUAUCCGGCCAAUCCGACCGAUGAGGUGGCAUUGACCGAUGGCUUGGGCUUCAUGGUCGGCGAUGCCCGAUACAAAAUGCAUCUCGCCGAGGCGCAGGACACGGUGCAGAGAUCAGAUUGCAACAACCACCGAGCGGUCAACCAGGCAAAUGCAUCGCGCCACAAGCUCGAGGCAACAGGGAUAGGCGGGUGUGCUUGCACCAGACAUGGGUGUUUUGUUCCCCAUUCAAUGGUGGACUUUCAGAAGGGGGAAAGACAGAUGAACAUGGAUUAUGCGCUGUGCCAAGCUCUGGGGUACAACACCGAUGGGAUCGACCGUGCAUUGACAUUCUACGACAUUAACUGUCAAUACCACAAGCAUCUCAACCGGCGGAUUGAGGAGUCGCCCUAUCUUGACCUUCCAUGGGGCAUGGAGAUUGUUCCAGGCAUUGGGCUCUGGCAUGUCCACGGCCAUCAAGACAAAUGCUACGUACGGUACACAUCCAACUUCAUCACCGGUGCAGCCAGGAUCGACGGCGAAAUCAUGGAGACCCUUUGGGCGCCUUUGAACAUAAUAUCGCCAGUCGGCGAGAGGGAUGUCCACCCCUCACCGAAAGGAAUGAUACGCAUGAGCAAAUUCCUUUGCCGAAAAUUCAAGGAAGCUGUACAGGGAGUCCAAGACAGCCGAUAUGCAUUUGACCGGUUGACCGAGACCGCCGACGACGACACCCUUGCCAAAUGGGAAGCAGAGGCUGCUGCCGCUCAGGAUGACCGACUUCAUAAUCCCGGUGCCAUGGAUAUAUAUGAAGUUCAAUUGACCAAAGCACCGACAAGAAAACAGCAAGAGUUGCAUCUGUUGAACCGCCAGGCGCAAUGGCCCGCCGGCGAGAUCCAUCGCGGUGCGGCAACAUGGCUGGCCUCUGGGAUCACGCUCGAAGAGGCACAAGUAGCCCUCUUGAUUGACGUGAAGAAACUGGGAAAGCGGCCGACCGACACCCAGAAGCUGGCCAUCGCUCGGCGUCGCCACAAAUGGCAAGACCAACUUGAUGAAUUUGUCAGGGUGGCGGGUACAUUCCUCGGCGAUCAAUUUGACAGCUAUGACCAGUUGGACGGUAUGACUGUGAUGUUGGAUACUGCAGCAUUGGAUUCAGUGGGUUCAUCGUCUGACGAUCCAGAUCGGUCAGAUGAAGAAGAAUUUGAUAUCCCGGUCGAGUUCAAUCCCGAGACUGUGGUGAUUCCAUUGCCGUCCAACAUCGGCAUCACAAGGGUCAACUUGGCCGACAAGGCCGUGCUCUUUCGCACCACGGUUCGGUCGGCAAAGUCACAAGCUCGGUCGACCAGGGCAUGGGCUCGCGUGCACUCGGUCGACAAGGUUCUUCACUUGAAUACUCAGAUCUACUCAAAAUGCCGCAAGCAGCUUGUCCAUCUCGGCGCCGAUGAUUUAUUGACCAAAUAUCGGCCGUUGGAGAAGGCCGACUUAAAGGCUACUACGGUGGUGGCAGACCCGAACGCGCGCGGUCAAAGAAAUAGCACGCUGGCAUGGUUUUGGUCCAUUGAUGUCCAAGGGGAUUCCACAAGCAAUGACUGGAUGAAUGAAUUUUACCGUGUCCAUUGGCUUCGGACGCUGGCACUGCGUGACCGUUGGGCAGAGGAACUGCUGCUUGUCGGUCGGGAAAUGAUUUGGACGGUCGAGUUCUUUAUUCACAAAUCCCAACAAUGGGUCGGUCGUUUGCAGGAGGCCGAUGCAAACGACAUGGUCGGGCACCAGCUGCUAUGCAGCGCGCCAGGCUCGGAUGUAUCUCCGACUCUCACAGCAUGCACAAGACAGUUUCGAAAGAACAAAAGGGGUGGCAGUGGUGGCGGAGUGACAGAGGUCCACGCACAUGCAUUUGGACAAUGGCAAGCCCACAGUGGAUUAGUCACAAGUACAAUGCCGAUCCGUAUAAAACUUGUGAUUCCGCUUCGGUCAAAACUUCAACUAGUCCCAGCUCCGCCCAUCAUGUCCAACUCCACAACACUUUUUACAUAUGAACUCAAUGACUUUACUGCGUGGGAUGCUGCCAACGUCUUGGAGUAUGCUACAUCUCGAUUCAGCCGCGAUCUGGCUUGUAUGCGACCGGAGCCAUGUGCCUCAGGACGCCGGCUUACAAAGCCAGCUUUGUCCGGCACCUUCAAUGGGAGGCAGAUCACCAUCAAUGCUGAGGAACUGCACGACGAAUUCUUCGAGUGCUGCUCUCCCAAUGACCAAGAACUAUGGUCCAAUCACCGAGUCGUUCGCAAUUAUUCCCAUGAUUGGUGGAAGGAUCGCUUCGACAGGUUGGGGUUCGAGCUCCCGAUGUUGACCAUUCAGGAGCCGAUCGGAGCCAUGCUCAUGCCAGGUCCCGCUGUGACCGGUCAGGUGGACGGUGAUGCCCUCUUCAAUCAAAUUGUGGCAGUGAGGGCCCAUCUCCGACACCUCGGCGAAGCGAUGGCCUCCUUGCUGGAGCAGAAGACCCAGAUCGCUGCAGCGGCCUGCCUCCACCAUAUCCCAACUUGA